AUGAAUUGAAGUGAAAAAUGGGCAGUAUCGGAGACAUCGAUGGCGAAACCAAACCCUCCGAAAUAAACCUAAGCACCGAUUUUGGAAAUGCCGAGACCCAGCCCUUUGAAUUUGAUUCCCAGUUUCCCCAUUCUCUUUUUCCUGGUGACAGAGAUGACAAUGAAUUAAACUUUCUACAAGAUACGGUUCCUGUAGAUGAUAACAAUGUUCCAAUUGAAGAUGAAUUUGACUCUCAGUUUCCCGAUUCUCCUUUUUGUGGUGACAGAGAUGAUUAUGAGGAUGAUGUUGAAUUAAACCUUCUACAAGAUACGGUUCCUGUAGAUGAUAACAAUGUUUCAACUGAGGAUGAAUUUGAGACCUAAUGUCUGAACCUGGGUGAGGAAACUCAAAUGUUGAACAUUGGUGACGAAACACAGGUGUUGGAUGAUUCAGAUUGCUGUGAGAAUAUGGAGACCCAAUUGUUGGAUGAAUUCAAUGUUGGAGUUGCUCUUGAUAGUGAAGGUGAAGGAACAGAUGGAACUGAGGUUUUGGAUGAUGUUGGUGAGUUCUGGGACGGUGAGGUAGUAAUUAGCGAUCAUGGUCAAUCGUUUGGUCAGGAGGAGAAGGAAUGUUCGGAGCAAUUUAAUACACCUACUGACAAACAGAGGAGUUUGGGAAUCCAUGUUCCUACUGCAACCCCAGAUUUCAAAG